AUGGAGGACGCGGCCGCGGACCCGCUGGGCGGCGAGCCCUACUAUUACUACGGGGAGGGGAACGAGAGCGGGCCGGGCGCGCAGUGCGAGUGGCCGGCGGACUGGGAGGUUUCCUUCUCGCUGCUGCCCGUGCUCUACAUGCUGGUCUUCGUGCUGGGGCUGUCGGGCAACGGGCUGGUGAUCUUCACCGUGUGGCGGGGCCCGCGGGCCAAGCGCCGCUCCGCCGACACCUACAUCGGCAACCUGGCGCUGGCCGACCUGGCCUUCGUGGUGACCCUGCCGCUGUGGGCCGCCUACACGGCGCUGCGCUUCCACUGGCCCUUCGGCUCGGCGCUGUGCAAGCUCAGCAGCUACCUGGUGCUGCUCAACAUGUUCGCCUCCGCCUUCUGCCUGGGCUGCCUCAGCUUCGAGCGCUACCUGGCCAUCGUGCGCUCGCUGCCGCGCUCCCGGCCCGUGCGCCCCCGCGCCGCCGCGCUGCUCUCGCUGGCCGCGCUCUGGCUGCUGGCCGGCCUGCUGGCCCUGCCCGCCCUGCUGCUGCGCGACACGCAGCCCGGCCCGGCCGACAACCUCACCGUCUGCGACAUGGACUUCAGCGGCGUGGCCAGCCCGCAGAGCGAGCGCUACUGGCGGGGCGCGCUCAGCCUGGGCACCACGGCGCUGGGCUUCCUGCUGCCGCUGCUGCUCAUGACCCUCUUCUACUGCUGCAUCGGCGCCACCGUCAGCCGCCACUUCCAGCACCUGCGCAAGGAGCAGGAGAAGCGCCGGCUGCUGCGCAUCAUCGCCACCCUGGUGGUGGUGUUCGCCCUCUGCUGGCUGCCCUUCCACCUGCUCAAGAGCCUCUACGUGCUCAGCGAGCUGGGGCUGCUGGAGCUGCCCUGCGCCUUCCUCGGCCUCAUCGUGCUGCUGCACCCCUACGCCACCUGCCUGGCCUACAUCAACAGCUGCCUCAACCCCUUCCUCUACGCCUUCUUCGACCUGCGCUUCCGCGCGCAGUGCCGCCUGCUGCUGGGCUUGCGUCCGGCGCUGCGCGGCCCGGCCGGCUCCGGCUCCUCCACGCUCAGCGCCCAGACCCAGAAAUCCGAGCUCCACUCCCUGGCCACCAAGGUGUAG